AUGGCGGAACCAAUUCGAGGAUUAGCCGCUGGUUGGGACUUGCUAAAGUCAAUGGUGGGCUAUGAAAUAAGCCAAAACGUAUCCGAGGCCGUUGUGAACCAGAACCACUCCAUAAUAGUAAGUAACAUAACGACACCCACCGCCGGCUUGAAUCCAGGUAUUAAUAGUGAUACUAAUGGUACAUGGGUUGGGCUUCGGCUUCUUCAAGGGUUUACGAACGCGUUAUCGGAUCAAAAGGAGCAUAAGCUGAGUGCCAGAGGCAGUCUGGAGUUUUUAGAUCGGAGUUUAGCAUUGGUCUACUAUUGUUGUUCAUUGUAUGGAUUCUCAUGUCUAAUGCUCGCACUUAUAUUGGAUCGCACUAUGACCAUUGCGUCGGCCAAUGACUUACUGCAGCAGCAACUUGAUAUAGACCGGAACCGAGGUCGGUCUUUGGGCGUUCCUAAACUGGCGGUUUAUUUGAAGAAGUUUUUUACGAUUAUACUAAGAUUACUAGUCAUUGGGUUCUUAUUGUAUAAUGGAUAUAAUGUGCUAGUGGCCUUGAAGUUGGUUGGACAAAUAGGUACUAGUGGUACAGGUGCUGGUGUUGGUCCUUGGUAUAUGAAGUUUCUUCAGAGUUCUUUCUUUGAUUACGACCCUGAUUGGUUCAAUACUACCAAAUAUAUGGCUACCCUGAAGACCCAAGUGAUGAUUGGACCUAAUGCCGAUAUGUAUUGGCCGAUAUUUCUUACAUAUUGUUUUCUGGCGUUUGUGGAGACUUUCAGUUCGGUCAUCCAGGGGAAGAAGCCAUCUACUGAAUCUGGUAUCACGAUAUUUGAGCACUCUAUAGCGUUCCAAGAAGCUGGCUCAAGAGGGUUUGAUGGUCAUAUGCGUACUCCCUCGGAGCAAGUAUUGUUUGCUAGUUUAUUUCUGAUUGCAAACCAUUUAAACAUACAAAUUGGAGGGAUUUUGAAUGAUAAUAAAUACAAGUUGAUUCCUCUGUCAAUUACUGGGAUAAGUUUCUUGAUUUAUGUUCUUAAAUGCACUUAUGAUUUGACUGUGUUUAAGUUUUCUUCUAUUUUCGUUACCACGUUUCUUCCCCAAGUCUUGUUGGUAUUUAUCAUAGCCAUUAGUGGGCUUAUAUUUGGUAUGGCAUUCAUUGCCAAUGGGUUUCAGAUGGGUAACUUGAAUUGUGCUAGUCUAUUUGUUUAUGACAACGAUCUUGAAGACGAACCUAACAAUAGACUUAACAUUUCACUUUCAGAUGAUUUUUACAAAUGUCUUUGGAGUGUAGGGAUGUUUGUUAUCACUUUAGCUGGGAAAUCCAGUUAUAUCACCGAACUAAGCUUUGUUGCCGUUGAUAAAGAGACUUGGCUAGAACGAGGGAUAUGGGAAUCGUUAACUAAAAGUGGUUCUCCUACCAAGAAUGUUGUUCAAUACCUCAAAAAGAAUCAUGUUACAGGAUAUUCAAACAUUGUUCAACAGCCUUCGCUAAGAAUGAUAACUGGAAAAGAUGAUAAUGAAAUGGAUGAAGGUUCAGGUAACUCAGUGUAUUGGACAAGAUAUCAAUAUCUUUCAGCUGCCUUGACUCGGUUUGGUCAAUUGAUCUAUGGAUUGGUUGUUACCCGGUUUUGUUUGACUUUUGUGCCUUCAUUAUUUAGAAGAAGAAGUAGACCUGAACAACAACUACAGUCGUCUAUGGAUGAGACUGUGGAAGAGUUUGAGGCCAGGAAGCUUGCUGUUCCAGCAUAUUUGCGUAAGUACAUGCGUAUCCGUUCUCAAGAUGAAGCAGAAGCAGAAGAAGAAGAAGAAGAAGAAGAAGAAGAAGUGAAAGAGAUUGUAUAUACUUCAGAUGACGACUAUAUCAAUAUGUUGCAAGGGAUAGAGAUCCCCGACAUUGAUUGUUCACCUGACUAUGAUAAUGAAAUUAAUGAAGAAGACGACGAGGAUGACGACGACGAAGAUUCUGACGACGGUUAUGAAACAAUUGAUUUACAGAAUAUCGAAGAAACCGGAGGUAAGAUUUUGAAGUCCGUUAAUGACGAGUUUAUGAACGUUCAAGAGUUUAAUGAGCUUAUAAACUCACCAGAUAUUGGAAUCUUACAGUUCCAUCUACAAUAUAAAGGUUCAGGAAGAUUAACCCGAUCCAAAUUUUUGAAGCUCCAAACGGAAGAAGAUAAACAAAGAGACGAAGGUGCUAAGCUUUUAGAGCUACUAUUAUCCAAAAGAGUCUCUGAAAACGAUAAAGACAAAUUACUUUCACAUAAUGAAAAGCUAGAAGACCGACUUGUAUGCGCUAUUUGCCAGGUUAAUUACCGGGAGAUUAUCACGUGGCCCUGUAAGUGUUUUGCUAUAUGUGAAUCAUGUCGUCUUUCGCUUGUUGCCAAAGGCAUUGAAGGUUGUGUAUGUUGUCGGAGAGAUGUUGAAGGAGUGACAAAGAUUUAUAUUCCCUAA